AUGCGUUUCACCACCAUCAUCGCCUCCGGCCUCUUUGCUGCCAGCUCUGUUCUCGGCCUUGCCAUUCUCCCUCGUGAGCUCGCCGAGAUCGAGUCCAUUGCCAAUGCCACUGCCAAGGGCAUCGAUGUCUUUGGGCCGAUCCCUGAUGAUGCUGUCAAGACGGACGCCGGAUACUGGACUGCUGAAGAAGGCACCGAUGCUUGGGCUUGGAUCCGGGCUCAGAUUGACAUUCCGGCUCAUGCUCACCCGGAGUCUACGAAGCGUCAGACCUUUGCCAACAUUGGUAUUGGCAUGUUUGCUCAGGAUUGGUGCACCGGUCAGGCUGGCUGGUUCGACAAUGUCUCCUACGAUGUCCAGCACGUCGUUCACGUGAACAUGUUCUCGGUGGGAAUCAGCUACCGUGGUCUUCGCAGCAACGAGCAGCUUGACUUCAGCCGCCUGUCCGGCAGUGACUGGUGCGGCCAGUACCUGUACUCUGCAGGUCAAAACACCCCUGUUGGCUGCUUCAACUCCCAGCUUAUCAACUGCUUCCGCCUCACUCUUCACUAA